GACCCAGUGAAAUAGAGAGAGAGAGAGAGACAAGGGGGAGCAGCAAUAUAUUUAAUCUGACCACAGAACCUGUCAGCUUGCUGGCGCUUCCUUGAACUGAAGACAGUUUUGACAGUGCCUUGCGCCGCUGUGACAGAACAGCUAUCGUCAGUGCAAUAUCAGCCGCUGUGGAGUCGCCCCUCUCACCAGGUCGCCCCCCCCAAACCCCACGGAUCAUAGAACCCCCCCAGGCCCUGGGCCCUGACGACGGGACCCUCACCACAGCCGCGUGGCCCCGUUUGGCCUGACAUGCCAGGCAGCAGCAGCGGCACGAGCCCAACCCCAGCCGCCCGGCCAUGGAGCAGCAAGCCAGGAUUCUGAGGGGCUUCCUGGCUCAAGUGAAGAGCAAGGAGGCUGAGUCAGAGGAGGCGGACGACGGCUUCGCCGGGGAGUUCUCAAGGCUCAAAAGGCAGUCUACCAAAUACCGCAGUGACAAAAACUACCCCACAAAGGUAGCGGAGAAGCAGGAGAACGUGAAGAAGAACCGUUACAAAGACAUUGUUCCCUUUGACCACAGCAGAGUAAAGCUGUCCCUUAUCACCUCAAAGAAUGACAAUGAUUACAUCAAUGCCAGCUUCAUCAAGGGAGUCAGUGGGUCCAGGGCAUACAUUGCCACUCAGGGCCCUUUGCCACACACCGUGCUGGACUUCUGGAGGAUGCUUUGGGAGUACAACGUCGAGGUCAUAGUGAUGGCCUGCAGGGAGUUUGAAAUGGGCAGGAAAAAGUGUGAACGCUACUGGCCAGUGACAAAAGAAGAGCCAUUUGUAUGUGACCCUUUCACAGUAUUCUGCGACUCUGAGGAGAGUAAAGGAGAAUAUGUGAGCAGGAAUUUGAGGGUGACUUACCGCAAUUGGAGCCGGACCCUGAGACAGCUGCACUAUUUCAACUGGCCAGACCACGGGGUCCCAGACACCGUCCCUCCCAUCCUGGAGCUGGUGCAGGAGAUGAGGUCCUACCAGACGCAUGACAACGUGCCCAUCUGCAUACAUUGCAGUGCCGGUUGUGGCAGAACGGGGGCGCUUUGUGCCAUUGACUACACCUGGAACCUGGUGAAAACACAGCUGCUCACAGAAGACUUUAGCAUCUUUGGCCUUGUUCAGGACAUGAGAAAACAGAGGCCUUCUGUGGUUCAGACCAAGGAACAGUAUGAGCUUGUGUAUAGAACCAUUAAGUUCCUGUUUGAGAAGUAUCUGCAGUCCAUGGCACCAGGAAGCCCUUCCUGCGCAGAGGAGGUGCCCGCAGCCGUCUCCCAACACACAGCCAGUGACAGUGAGCUCUCAGACCUCAGUGAUAUGUCUGAUGCUGAGCCAGAAUCACACAUACAGACAGAGCACAGGCACCCAGAGAGGGAGGAGCCAGAUGAUUACUUGCUGCCCUCUAUACGCUCCCCCUCAGCCAUCCUCAAUGCCCUGAGAGCCAGGGACAGGCAGGGGAAGCACCAGAGGCCAUCCUCAUUAGCACAGAUUAAUCAGAAACCGCAAUUACUACAGACAGAUCCCGAUAACAUGCCCAUGAAUCAAAGAUUGCCCUAUCCGCUACCAACCCAGCAAAAUAACCAAAGACCACCACACCCUCUUCAAACUGAACCUGAUAACCAAAGACCACCACACCCUCUUCAAACUGAACCUGAUAACCAAAGAACACUGUAUCCUCUUCAAACUCCGCCUGAUAACCAAACACCACCCUACCCUCUUCAAACUCCACCUGAUAACCAAAGACCACCAUAUCCUCUUCAUACUCAGCCUGAUAACCAAACACCACCAUACCCUCUUCAAUCUCAGCCUGAUAACCAAACACCACCAUACCCUCUUCAAACUCCACCUGAUAACCAAAGACCACCAUAUCCUCUUCAAACUCAGCCUGAUAACCAAACACCACCAUACUCUCUUCCAACUCAGCCUGAUAACCAAAGACUACCAUACCUGCUACAAACCCAGCCUGAUAACCUGACUACAAGUCAAAGACUGAAGACCCUGAACACACAAUCAGAUUACCAGAUAGCUUUUUUAUACACACAGCCUGCCAACCCGCCCACCAACCAGCACCCAAAUCAAGAUCCCAGCCCCCCCAUGGUCAUGUACACACAGCCACCUCAGACACUCAGGACUCAGGAGCUCUCUCAGGGCACCACCGAGGAAGAGAAGGUGGAGAUGGAUAGAGAGAUAAGCAUACUGGUACUACCAGCCUCCAUCCCUGCCUCCAUCUGUCUCACUGUGGAGGACCCCUAUUUUGGAAAUGACUCUUCACUGUCCUCGCCCCUGUCUACUCCCAGAGGGACUGAUGAAGAGGAUGAGCUGGCUCCAAUGUGGACAGAAAACAUUUGUUUUGAUGGUCCAAGUCUGACUCUUAAUGACCAGCCGAUGGAAUUUCCAGCCCUCCCCACCCCCAGCGGUGCCCCAGAUACGGCGGUAGUUGGCUCGGGACAGGACAGCCCCCCUCCAUUACCUGAGAGAACCCCGGAAUCAUAUGUGCUGGCUGCUGGAGAAGAGUGCCUCAAUAACAUCUCAGAGAGGUUAGAGGUCAUCAUACCUCCUAACACUGCAGCUGAGGCCAUCAAAGGGAUUGUUUGCCCAGAAGGAAGUCCUCCCUCGCCUACCCCACCGUUGCCAGAGAGAACACCAGAGUCCUUUGAGUUGGCCAACGAUGCUAAUGUGAACACUCCUGUCCUCCCUAUCCUCUCAACCCCUAAAGAAAUACUGGUCCAGAAGCCAGAAGAGAGCAGAACCAGAAUAGGAAUAUCCUCAGAGUGGUCUGGCCAUUCAGGCUACAGUGCUGCUUUGGUGGAGAAGAGUUCUUGGAUGAGGAGCAAAAGUGUCAAAAUUAAAAUGAUGAACUCGGCAUCACCCCUGGUUAUGGAGCCUCCCCUGGUUACUGAGCCAACCCUGGUUACGGAACCACCCCCGGUUACGGAACCACCCCCGGUUACGGAACCUGCCCAGGAUAUUGUGCCACACCUGCUUACGUUGCCAGUUCUGUCUUCUGUUCCUGUUCCUUGUACAUCAGCAGAAAUGUCUCCUCCCUCUCCACCUCCGUUUCCUCUGGGACCUACUCUCCCACCUACAGGCUCAGAGUGUUUCACUCCCCCUCUUCCUGAGAGAACCCCAGAAUCCUUUAUCCUGGUCACACAGGAAGUUGAUCAGAACAGCGCCCCCUGUAUGGAAAGACAGGGCAGCAGCCAGACCCAAACGGAACAGCAGAAUAUUGGUGUGUCGUCCGAGUGGGCAGGGAACUCCCAACCCAAAAGAUUCCUGGACGGAAUCAUGAGCCGCAGCAAGAGUGUCCGGGCAAAGGGUUCAAGACAAGAGCCAUUGACUCCAGUUCCUCUAUCUGGUAAUGUUGUAGCUGCUGGAGGAAAUGCUGACAGUGAGAAUCAGCAGCCUAUAGACAACAACACCUCAAGCAGCACUAGGACGGACGCUGGGAAAAGCUUGUCUAGAACAAAGAGCUUAAAGUUCUUUCUGCACAAACACAAAGCUAAGCCCACCUCCACACCAGCACCAAGCCAUGCUGUCUCAUCGUCUGUGUUCAAAUUUGGAUUUGGGAAUCGUUUUAGCAAGCCUAAAGGGCCAAGGAAUCAACCAGAAACAUGGGUGUGAGACCAGUCAACAAAGGAAUGUCUAUCCACUGUCCUUAGAUCACAGGACCAGAGACCUGGCUACUAAACUGGACUAAUGACAGCCUGGUCUCAGAUCUGUUCACUUCAUUGCCCACGCGUGUGCUGGUGAACUGAGACUAGAGACAGUCCCCAAUGGGAACAGUGUGUGAAGGAUGAGCAUUUGAUGACAAUAGGGAGGUCGGCACACCUGCUGUGUUCUAGAAGGUCAUCAACACUGUUUCACAAACACCCCGAACCUUGAAGUGGAUCACCUGGUAAUCAUGACCCACAGACAGUGCUUCUGGAUGGAGGACUUGUGCCUUGGGUGAAGGACACAAUCAGUCGAGUACAGGGUGGUGGAAGGAAGGCUGAACGGAAGAAUGGGAGAGGGCAGAAGGAAAGCAUGAAAGGUGGCUAAAUGUUACAGAUGUUUUAAGUUUUGUUGCUUAAAGUUCCUUUGAAGUUUGAACAUGUUUUACCAAAUAGUUUUAUAUGCCGUUUGAUUGUAAUUAUUUGUAUUAGGUACUUCUGGUCUGGAUAAAAAGUUCAUUGACA